AGAUUUUUCUGUUAUUUUAACAUCUCUCUCUCUCUCUCUCUCUGAGGCCAGAGGCUCACAUUUUAUUAUUCACCUUCCUCCUCUCUCUCUUCUCUCUUCUCUUACUAGGUUAUGUCCAAAAAUAAAAUCCAACACCCAUAACAUUACCCUCCCUCCCUCUUUCACCCCUCCACAGCAAAUUCAAAUUCAAAUCUAUCAAUCAAUGAAUUAGGGUUUCUCCUCAACACCAUUGCAGCUGCUUCAUUCGAAAUCCCCUCUCCAUGUGAACCCUUCAUUGUGCAAACAAGGAAAUGACCCCAGUUUCCUUGCCGCUGGAUCGAAAUCCUCCCCUCAAUCCUCCUCUUCUUAGUGGUAGAAACGCCUUGUGUUUGUUAGUGCAGAGAGAGAUUUGUCCUAGAACUAAACACACGCCAAAAAGGCGGUGGGGAGAAGCUUCGCAAUGGAAUUAUAAUUCUUCGUCCGUGCCGAAAACUGAACCAGCUAGAGAUGCGAAACGCGGUCUUAUUUCAUGGGCUGAGGCUGAGUCGUUGCGGCAUCUAUCGGCGCAGUAUUGCCCACUGGUGCCUCCUCCGAGGUCGACUAUAGCAGCAGCAUUUAGUCCUGAUGGAAAAACACUCGCUUCUACGCAUGGUGAUCACACAGUGAAGAUAAUCGAUUGCCAAACUGGAGUCUGCUUAAAGGUGUUGAUGGGUCAUCGGAGGACGCCUUGGGUGGUCAGGUUCCACCCACUGCAUCCAGAAAUUCUUGCAAGUGGAAGCUUGGAUCAUGAAGUUCGCUUAUGGGAUGCAAACACAUCAGAGUGUAUUGGAUCCCGUGAUUUCUAUCGUCCUAUUGCUUCCAUUGCUUUCCAUGCAGAAGGAGAAUUGCUUGCUGUUGCCUCAGGUCACAAGUUGUACAUAUGGCACUACAAUAAGAGAGGGGAGGCGUCUUCGCCAACUAUUGUAUUGAAGACUAGGCGCUCUCUUCGAGCAGUGCAUUUUCACCCGCACGGUGCUCCAUUUCUCUUGACUGCUGAGGUCAAUGAUCUUGACUCUUCAGAUUCUUCUAUGACACGGGCAACAUCUCCAGGUUACCUGAGAUAUCCUCCUCCUGCUGUUUUUGUCACAAAUGGUCAGUCUGGUGAUUGUGUUAGCUUGGCUUCUGAACUACCACUUGUGUCCUUGCCUUUCUUGUUCGUGCCUUCAUUUUCUUUAGAUGAUAGUAGGAUAGAUGCUAAUAGACUUGUCACUUCAAGUACAAUGCAAGUGGAGUCCUCUACUUCAAUGCAGCUUCAAAUGGAUACAAAUGCAACAGACAGAUAUGUUCCCUUAGUGUCCCCCAUGGAGACAUUUCCUGCAGUCCCUUCUAGUUCAUAUACCAGUGCAGAAGGUAUAGUAAAUAAUUCUUUCCCUUCUGGAAUGGGAGGUGGAGUUUCUAACACCAGAGAAGACGCGAUGGAGACUGAUGAAAUGCCGCCUGUAGGGGGGAACCCUCAAGGAAAAUCAGCUCAUCUAGAGACGCUUGGUGUUGGUAAUAGUGCAAUGGAUGGAGUGCCUGCAAAUACUUCAAUUAGGCAGCAGUCCACUGAUUUUGGGCAACUUCAGCAGAUUCUACCCUCUAGAGACUCCACGUGGUGGGAGUUACCCUUUUUGCAGGGAUGGUUAAUGGGUCAGAGCCAAGCUGGUGGACCCUCGACAGUUCCUCUUAGUAGUGGUAGUCGUGAACGUUCAGCCCAGUAUAUUGGUCCUUCCUCACUGACAUCUUAUCUAUCUACUCAGAAUGUGGAAGCUGCAGUGGCUUCUUUGGCAAUGCCUGGCAGCACCAGCAUCUCCGGGGUCUCUGGGAGAUCUGGCUCUCGGCAUCGCAUUUCACGCUCCCGGUUCUUUGUGCCUGAAUCCGGGGAAAGUAUGGCUCCCAUUAAUAUGCGACAUGAAGGUAGUGAUAAUCAGCCCAUAUUUAAUAGAAUCCAGUCUGAGAUUGCCACGUCAUUGGAAGCUGCAGCUGCUGCAGAGUUACCAUGCACUGUAAAGCUUAGAGUGUGGUCUCAUGACAUAAAACAUCCUUGCGCUCCACUCAAUGCUGACAAAUGUCGCUUAACGAUACCUCAUGCCGUCCUUUGUAGUGAAAUGGGCGCUCAUUUUUCACCAUGCGGAAGAUAUUUAGCUGCCUGUGUUGCUUGUAUGCUGCCCCAUAUGGAAGCUGAUCCCGGUUUACAAACGCUAGUCCAUCAAGGUGCUGGGGCUGCUACUUCCCCUACUAGACACCCAAUAUCAGCACACCAAGUAGUGUACGAGCUUCGCAUAUAUUCCUUGGAGGAGGCAACCUUUGGUUCAGUGCUUGUGUCACGUGCAAUUAGAGCUGCUCAUUGUUUGACUUCAAUCCAGUUCUCACCAAUGUCGGAGCACAUAUUACUGGCUUAUGGUCGACGUCAUGGCUCCCUUCUAAAAAGCAUUGUCAUUGAUGGGGAAACAACAACACCUAUUUAUACAGUUCUGGAGGUUUACAGAGUUUCGGAUAUGGAACUUGUGAGAGUGCUUCCUAGCGCAGAGGAUGAGGUCAAUGUUGCUUGUUUUCAUCCCUUUGCCGGAGGAGGUCUUGUCUAUGGAACCAAGGAAGGGAAACUUAGAGUCCUCAAGUAUGAUGGUGUCCAUGGUGUUAAUUGUACCAGACCAAAUCACUUUCCUGAAGAGAACUUGACUGAGGUCCAGACAUAUGCUCUAGAAGGUUAAACCCCCAUGUUUCCCCUUUGUGCAAUCUGCGCAGCUCAGCCUGAUGGUUCUGCAAUGUUUGCUUCCCUUGGACCAGAAAGCUCACCAUUGUACACGAGGCAAAAGCUCAACAUUUGGUGCGCGUCUCCGGGCCUGAUUUGAAGCAGGUGUGACUAACUUCUGGAGUUCUACACUUACUGAUUUCUUCUCACCAUCAAAUUGUGGAAAUGCAUAACAAUUUAUGUGCUAAAAUGUAAAAUAUUGUGCCCCAGUAGCGUACUAAUACAAGUCUGCAUGUUUUCCUUUUAA